AGGGGAAGGUCUUAAUCAUUUCCUUAUAAACGAGAGUCAGUCCCACAGCUUCAACGAUGCAUGCUUUCCCUCCACAGCUGUGUCCACCUUUCCACCACUGACAAGAAGGCAAUGUCCGCCCCCACGUCCCCCUCCCACCAUAUCCACAUCUCCCCCCAUGCCACCACCACCACCAAUCUCCGCCGCAUUCUUCAAUGGAAAGGCGUCAGACCACUGCCCCUUUUCAUCUGCGUCACCCUGGGCCUCAUACUCCGCUUCGCUGUCCCGAAACCCCGUGCGGUCGCUCCCAAUGCUUGGUCUCUCCUUGCCAUCUUCAUUGCUACCGUCGCCGGACUCAUUCUCAGCCCUUUGCCCGUCGGUGCUUGGGCGUUCGUCUGCCUUACGCUCACCGUAGUCACCAAGACCCUCACCUUCGCCGCCGCCUUCUCCGCCUUCACCAACGAGGUUAUAUGGCUGAUCGUUGUCUCGUUCUUCUUCUCCAGAGGGUUUGUGAAGACGGGGCUUGGGGAUAGGGUUGCCAUGUUUUUUGUCAGGUGGCUUGGGAAGAGUACAUUGGGUUUGUCUUAUGGGCUGGUUUUGGGGGAGCUUGCCAUUUCUCCAGGUAUGCCGAGCUCUACGGCGAGAGCUGGUGGGAUUUUCGUGCCCAUUAUUAAGUCUUUGGCUUUGAGUGCUGAAAGUAAGCCUAAGGAUCCAUCGUCUAGGAAGCUUGGAGCUUAUCUAAUUCAAUCCCAGAAUCAGUGCAACAAUAGCACGAGUGCUUUCUUUCUGACGGCUGCAGCUCAGAACCUGUUGUGUAUCAAAUUGGCAGAAAGCCUUGGGGUCAAAAUCCCAAAUCAGUGGGUCACUUGGCUCAAGGUCUCUUGCUUACCUGCUUUGAUAUCUGUUUUGGCAACUCCAGUUAUUUUAUACAAGAUAUUUCCACCUGAAAUGAAGACCACUCCAGAUGCUCCAGCCAUGGCCAAAAGGAAAUUGGAGCAGAUGGGUCCCAUCAAGAGGGACGAGUGGGUCAUGAUAGGAACCUUGCUUCUAACAGUUGCAUUAUGGGUUGCAGGAGAAGCUCUGGACAUGGCUAGCGUUGUUGCUGCAAUGUUAGGUUUAUCAGUUCUUCUGCUGUUUGGAGUUCUUGAUUGGGAUGAUUGCUUAGGCGAGAAACAAGCAUGGGAUACUUUGGCUUGGUUUGGGGUUCUAGUUGGGAUGGCUACACAAUUAACGGCUCUUGGUGUUAUACCCUGGAUGUCUAAAUGUGUUGCCAACUUUCUUAAAUCUCUUUCACUUAGCUGGUUUGGGGCAUUUAGCAUCCUUCAGAUAUCAUACUUCUUCAUCCAUUAUUUAUUUGCUAGUCAGACUGCACAUGUUGGAGCUCUCUACUCGGCAUUUCUUGGUAUGCACUUGGCAUCCAAAGUUCCUGGUUUGUUGGCUGCAUUGGCUCUGGCAUACAACACAAAUCUUUUUGGUGCAAUAACACAUUAUAGCAGUGGUCAAGCGGCAGUCUACUAUGGAGCUGGCUAUGUAGACCUUCGUGAUGUCUUUAAAUUGGGGAUAGCAAUGGCUUUGAUAAACAUUGUGAUAUGGGCAUUAGUAGGAGCGGCAUGGUGGAAAAUUUUAGGCCUUUAUUGAGAUCGAUAAUUGCAGGAAACUCAACACUGUCCAUUGUUUUCUUGGCUUCUGGAAUGGGUAGACUAACGGCAAAAAUCUCCAGUCCAGAGUUCUACAUAGUUGAUCAAGCAGGAUGUUCUUCCAAUAUACUGGUAAAAAUUGUUGUUGCUUACUGAUAUAUACACAUAUAUGAAAAAUAUAGCAAUUUUAUUCAGGCCUGACAAAGAAAAAAUGCCCGAUUCUAAUAUAAAAAUGUGUAUAUAUAUAAAUUUUAUUCAGUACUA